CUGCCGACCUUCACCUUAUUUUGCGCCGCAGCUUCUGAAGAGGCAGCUAAUGACCUCCUUCGCAGGUACACGGGCGACUCUAAGGCCACUGCGUCCGACACCGCCGCCACCUGUGGCUCUCCUUCGGGUGAUCUCCGCACAGUCUGCCGCUGGGCUGCCGUUCUGCGUUCGGAGCUCACAUCGGCACGUGCUAAGAUUCAGCAGUAUCGCACCGAAGCGCAGCGCCUACGUCGCAUGCAGGCAGCGGCCACAAAAAGAGUGCUAACUGCGGAGGCGCGUUGUGCUGAGCAGAGGGAACGCCUACGUCAUCUGCAGUCCGAACUGACUACAGUUAGGUCUGCACGGUGUAGCACCCCCGCCUCGGUUGCAAUCGUUUCACCAGCAAUCUCCAUGCCCUCAACUCCCCAGGUGGGUGGUUCCUCGACCCCCGCGGAAAGUGUCGGCCUAAAAACCUGUCUACGGUACGUAGAUAUGAACACCCCAGACCUGGAUGCACUGUCCUGGACACCCAAGCAGAAUGAGGCGACUGCAAAGGUGGGUCUGCCUGAGAACGCCUUACUCCUGUUUUUGUCCCUCAAAGGGAAAUUAGUCUGA